AUGCGCCCACCACAAAAAAGAGUAAAUUAUAAGAUUAGAGACAAAGUGGAAGUAUGCAGUAAAGAAGAAGGGUUUGUUGGUUCCUACUUUAAAGCUACAAUUGUUUCGUGUCUUCAAAAUGACAAAUUUGUGGUUCGUUACGAGAAUCUAGUGUUAGAUGAUGCGUCAGAAGAUGGUGCGUCAGAACCUCUCGAAGAAAUAAUUUAUCGAAGAGAGCUUCGUCCAUUACCACCACGUGUUCGCAAUCCACCCGAAUUUCGUUUCAAUCAGAAAGUAGAUGUUUUUGAUAAUGAUGGUUGGUGGUUAGGAGAAAUUACAAGCGAGAAGUUCCGCUUCGAAAAUUGUUAUUACCAUAGGGUGUAUUUCAACACUACCGAUGAGACGAUUUGCUAUCCUUGUGAUCGGAUUAGGGUUCAUCAUGAAUGGAUAUAUGGAGAGUGGAUAUUGGAAACGUAA